CAAAGGCAAUCAAGAUGGACAAAAAGCAGAUAUUACUGUUAACUUUGGUGACAGUGUUUAUUACAUUUGGUUUGUGGUUGUCAUCCAUUGUAACAAGAGGCUGGUUCGUUUUAACUGUAAAAACUACUAGUAUUCAGCCGACAUCGAUUCUUAAGAACAUUUUGUCCUUGAACUCCCUUCUGAAUCUCAACAACAUCAUUUCCUCUAAAAGAAUUUCUUUGCCACCAGUGCGUGUAGAACUGAGCAUAUUUUAUUGCACACUGUGUACAGCUGGUAAUUGUCUUCGUGUCCCCUUUGAUAAACUCCCUUCAGCAAUUUCUGCGGUGGUUGAGAAUCUCCCUAGGCUACUAGAACUUCAAAUAACGAGUACAGUUGCCCUAUCAUUAUGUGUAAUUGGCUUUUUCCUUCUCAUGUUAAACUUUGGAUCCACCUCUAAAGUAAUGGUUGGUGGUAUUACCAUUCUUGUGGCUGCUUUAUCUGAAUUAUUCUUGAUUCUUCGAAUGGUCAUAGCAACGGUUCAAGUGGCAUUAGAUUCUGUUGAAUCCACUCUCAGUCUUUUGAACCUGAACGUCAUAGAGGUUGAAGUUCAUACUCCUUACUCCAUCAUCCUGGCUGGUAUCGGUCUGGUGUUUAUCAUACUGGGCAUGGUUAGCAGCCGAAUAUUAUAUUCCAAACUACGAGAAUCGUCCACGGAUGGACGAAUGAUGAAUUCGGUUUCUUCAAUUCCCCCAAUCAACCUCACCAUCCACCGAGAACGUUACUAAUUUUUUUAAUGAUCAAUUCAUAAACAAAUGUUUUGUGCAUAAGAUGGCUUGAGAGACGUUGUGUCAGUUUUGUUACUUUGUAUAUGUCAGUUUUUAGACUGAAUACCUUUUUCAGAAAAAUUCUUAUGAGUUAGACAAAAUUUUCAAAUCUUUAAUGAGUACCGUAGCAAUAGAAGGGCACAUGUAUUAUUUUCAAUUUCAUGACAAUGCGUUGUUAAUAAAGUUUUUACAAAAAUUUCAUAUCUUCAAGAAACAAAGUAAUUGCAGAGUUGCAAAAUUGUUAUCUCAUAUGUAUAACUUUUGUGAAAAGAACACAGACUGGAUCGUAAUAAGAAUAUUUAUGAAUUUUUAUUCACGCUUGAUAAGCUUGU